GGAGGAGUAGCUGUGACAACAGAAAGUCAACCAGGAAACAGAAGCUGCUGCUAAAGUGACCCACCACCGCCCUGCUGCUGUGACAGCUGAAACAGCGGUGUUAACACAUUAUAACAGUACAGGACUUGUGUUUUUGGUUAUUUAAGUUGAUACUAAAGCAGCGACAUGGCUUCCCUUUUCAAGAAGAAGACUGUGGAUGACAUAAUCAAGGAACAGUCUAAGGAGCUACGUGGCACUCAGAGACAGAUCACCAGGGACAGAGCAGACCUGGAGAAACAAGAGAAACAAAUGGAGGCUGAAAUCAAGAAAAUGGCUAAGACUGGUAACAAAGAGGCAUGUAAGAUUCUCGCCAAGCAGCUGGUCCAGCUGAGGAAGCAGAAGAACCGCACAUACGCUGUUAGUUCUAAGGUCACCUCCAUGUCUACGCAGACAAAGAUGAUGAACUCGCAAAUGAAGAUGGCCGGCGCCAUGUCUGCCACAGCCAAGACAAUGUCAGCAGUGAAUAAAAAGAUGGAUCCACAGAAGACCAUGAAGACCAUGCAGGACUUCCAGAAAGAGAACAUGAAGAUGGACAUGACCGAGGACAUGAUUAACGACACUUUGGAUGAGAUCUUCGAUGAUUCUGGGGAUGAAGAGGAAUCUCAGGACAUUGUCAACCAGGUUCUGGAUGAGAUCGGCAUUGAGAUCUCAGGAAAGAUGGUGAGAGCUCCAGCUGCAGGAAAGAGCCUCCCCAGCGCCGCCUCCUCCAAACAGGCCACCAUCUCCGACGACGAGAUCGAGCGACAGCUCCGAGCUCUGGGAGUGGACUAAUUGUCUUCCCUGUAUUAAUGUUCACGUUAUAAAACCUGUGCAACAUUAAUACUGAUUGAUACAGACUCUUUUAGACACAAUGGUUUUUCUCAUUGUUGAAAUGCUACAGGUGUAACAAAGAGUGCACACCAACACAUACACACACACAUUAAGACAUUCAAAGACAUGCAGGCAGACAUGUUUAUUAACACGCACAUACUCACACUUUCUUUGGCAGGUUGUCUUACAGAUCAUUCGGGCAGAACAUCUGAUCUAUUUAUGCGAGAAUAAUAUUUAUUAUGACACUGGAGUGGCCACAGCCUGAAGGUGGACCAGUAAUAGAUGUCUGACCUAAAGAGUUCUGAACCACCUACGCUGUUACCACCCAUCUCUGUCUUUAUAAGGGCUACAGUAUAUGAGACCAUCGAACUGGCUUUUCCCGUCUGAUGUUUCGGUCUAACUUGAGUUAGUCGUAUAAUCUAUCAGCUUUUACGUGGCUGAAGACGGAUGGUCUUUCUCCAGCAAGUUUUAAUGAGUAAAACGUGAUAAUUAAAAAGAGCUUAGGGGUUGUCGGUAACCAGAUGGAACUUGUAUUUUUCCUACUAACACCAUUUACGUGAUUCACUUCCUCUGAGGCAAAACUAUCCUCUACUCCAUGUGCACGUUUUGCAUUGUUAUGUGGGUGAAAUAUCCUGGGGUGUCAGAAAUGGGACACAGUUACUUUACCAUGCAAGUGAAAAGGAGAAAAAAGCAUCAUCAACAACUUUCUCCACACAAAUGAAGCAACUGGUCAACUAGCUAAUUAAUUAUCAUGUUUUUAAAACCCUUAGGUACGCUACCAUAGUUACUGGAGAUGAUGUAACUCGACAUAUGCAUGUGAAAUGUAACUGACUAGGGUAAGGCCUUCACUUUACGUCAACCUAAUGCAUGAGAUGGUGAGAUUUAUCGAUCUGAGGGCAAGCAUUUAAUUAGCACCACCGAAGAUGUGAUGCUGCACAGAUUGUGUGAGAAAACUUAAUCAAAGACAAAUUAGGACUAAUGUAAGACUGGCAUAUCAAAGAGUUUUGAAUCAUUUUUUUGAUGCUACUGCGUAAUCAAGUUAGUUAGUUUUUUUUUAAUUAUUAUUCUUGGUUGAUCUGAUUGUGUAUCUUAUAUUGGACAUGGGGUUUACACAGUGAUUGUAGGAUGGCACUGGUCCUGCAGUCCCUCCUCUCUUUCAGCUGCUGUGCAGUUACUGUCAUAUGCUAUUUUAAGCUGCCUCACUCACAAACAUACACACACACACACACACACACUACAGCGACGAAAUGAUGGAAGUGUUGGCAAAAAUACACUGUGAUCCAAGAGAUGUUUUCUCUUCCUCAGAGCUGAAGCUGGCUCUUCUCUACAGUGAUUUGUUAAUGUCAGCCAGCUUCACGAGAAUGACAGGGAUAUAUUAAGUCAUAUUAAGUCUUUGUCCUUCUCUCUCUCUCUCUCUUUGGCCUUUUGUUCCCACAUCGAUCCCCAUUGCCAAAACAAAUAGAAAAUGUUGUAAUUCUUGCAUGCAUCUGACAUGUACAAUACAUAAUUCAUUGACUUUUUGUAAAUCAUUCUUUCCUCUAUCUUUAACAGUCUGUCGUGAUUGUGAGCGGAUACAAAGUUUUAACAGAUUUCAACAUUGUUUGAGUGCAGUUCCAUGGUUAGGAAAUUUCUUUUUAAAAGGUGUAUGCAUACUCCUCUUUAUUUGUUUAGUCAUUGUAAAGUGACUCUGUAAAGGGUUUAUGGCUUUUAUAAUGAAUAAAGUUUCUUCAGGUACAG